AUGAGCUCCAGUGAAGACGAAGACGACAAGUUCUUGUAUGGUUCCGAUUCUGAACUAGCAUUACCUUCAUCUAAACGAUCCAGAGAUGACGAAGCAGAGGCAGAUGCCGUCAAUAAUCCUGAUAUAGUUAAGAGACAAAAAUAUGACUCUCCCGAGGAAGAGAUUCCAGCCACCGCCAAAGACGACCUUUCUGAUGAAGAUAUAUACUCUGACUUGUCAGAAGACGAUAGUGAUUCUGAUCUAGAGGUUAUCAUAAGUUUGGGCCCUGAUCCUACUAGGUUAGAUGCAAAGCUGCUGGAUUCUUAUUCUACCGCGACAACAUUUUCAAGCAAAGACAUAAUUAGCGUAGCUACUGAUGUAUCCACUACCAUUACAAAAGCAUCGGAUGAAAGUUUAAUAACAGAAGGGGAAGCAAAUCAAGGCGUAACGACGACAACCUCAAAAGCUACAGAGAGCGAUGGAAAUGUACCGAAAGCAAUGGUUGGUUCCAUAGACUUAGAUAAAGAGGGAAUUUUUGAUAGCGUCGGCAUAACGACAAUAGAUCCCGAAGUGCUAAAGGAAAAACCUUGGAGGCAGCCAGGAGCCAAUAUAAGUGAUUAUUUCAAUUAUGGGUUUAAUGAAUUUACCUGGAUGGAGUAUUUACAUAGACAGGAAAAGCUACAACAAGAUUAUAAUCCUAGGAGGAUCCUAAUGGGCCUAUUAUCCCUCCAACAGCAGGGAAAAUUGAACUCUGCGAACGAUACAGAUUCAAACAUCGGUAAUAUGAUUGACAACAACAACAAUGUUAAUAAUGCAAAUAUGUCCAAUAUGAACAGUAAUAUGGGUAAUAGUAUGUCUGGAACACCAAACCCUCCUGCUCCACCGAUGCAUCCAAGCUUUCCACCGUUACCUAUGUUUGGCAGUUUCCCACCAUUUCCCAUGCCAGGUAUGAUGCCGCCCAUGAACCAACAGCCUAAUCAAAAUCAAAACCAAAAUUCGAAAUGA